AUGUCAAUUUUGGAGUACUCUGAAUCUCUUCAAGCAGUGGGAAAAUCUUCAUGGAAAAACGUCCACAACUGUAAACAGUGCCCCCAUUUUACAACGUCACUGUUGGGUAUGGUGAACCACGUGCGACGACACCGCACCCCCCUGGAAAAAUUUACUUGCUCCAAUGCCGAAAUUGAGUUGUUUUACUGUAAAGACUGUGAUUUUAAAACAGAACUAACAAUUCUGUUCAAACAACACCUUAGUAAACAUGACAAGAAAGACGAUUUGUCAAGUCACGACUUUGUUAUACAAAAGUACGUUUGCGAAAAAUGCGACUUUGAAACAAAUCUGUCGUUGAAGUGGCUUCAGCACACUGCAGCAUGCACUGGGAAAAAAAGUGUUACCGAAGAAAUACAUUGGUACUACUGUACGCAAUGCCCCUACAAAGCUAAAUACAAAAAUUAUUUACGACGUCACACCGAAAAUUGCCAUUUGAGCAAGCGGUACGCUUGUGACAAGUGUCCCUAUAAAAGUAGACGUCGGAAAUGUUUAAGAAUCCACGUAAAUUGUGUCCAUUUAGACGAAAAAGACGCCGAAUGGCACAAGUGCGAAAAGUGUCCUUUCAAAACCAAGUCAAAAACUAGUUUAAAAAGACACUCCGACAGCUUACAUGUUGUUCAGUGGCACCAAUGUGUCCAGUGUCCGUUCACAACCAAGCAUAAAAGAUAUUUAAAAACCCACGUGGCUGUGAAACACGUAGACGAAGAAAAAAUUAGGUGGUUUGAAUGUAAAAAUUGUCCAUACAAAACCAAACGAAUGUCGUAUUUAAAAAGUCACGUUACGUUCCAACAUCUAGACGAAGAAAAAAAUAAGUGGUUUAAAUGCGAAAAUUGUCCAUUCAAAACUACGUACAAAUCGAGUUUAAAAAAUCAUAUGAUUUGUCGACAUUUGGACGAAAAAGAAGUUAAGUGGUACGAAUGCGAAGAGUGUUCUUUUAAAACUAAACUUCAGAAGAGUUUAAAGAUGCACAUAAAUCGUAAUCAUUCGAAAACAUCAGAACUAUAUGAAUGUAAGUUCUGUUCCUAUAAAAGUGAAGCCAAACGGAAUUUAAUAAGGCAUGGGAAAGUCCAUUUGGACGUCAGAUCCUAUAACUGCGAAGAUUGUCCGUACAAGGCGAAAGACAAAACUUGUUUAAAGCGCCAUAUAAACAACCAUCAUUUGGAUGGGACGGAUAUUAAAUGGUACAAAUGCGAACACUGUCCUUACAAGAGUAAAAAUGGGUCCACUUUGUAUCACCACAAAAAGUACAAUUGUAGUUGUAAGAUUUAA